GAGGCGAAGUCCGGUGCCACUGCAACCUCCCUCGGUGCGUCACAGUAGGCUACAUGUGUAAGAGCUCCCUGGGUGCCUGCUUCACGCGCCCCACGCCCAUGCCCACGCCCGCGCCCGCCACCCGGAGGCUCUACCAGCGGAGGACGCCCACGCACGGCUGUUUGGAGCUUUUGCCCGAAGACCGGCAUGCAGAAUGUGCUACCAAGGCUGGGGUCUCAAACAAGAGCAUUAUAUUGAGGUCACAGAAAACAUCAGCAAAGAUGGUAGAAACUACUUCAAACAGUGCCUCGCGUCCUACUCCUUCUGCGAGUCCUACCCUUCCUCCAGCUGACCCCAAUCUGACAUGCUGUAGCCAGGAUAUGUGCAAUUAUCGAGACCUGGAUGUCUUCAUAAGGGUAGACAAGGCUAAUACCCAGAAAGAUUACAGCAGAGGAGAAUCAGAAAUGCUGGAGACAGUGUGGUUCCGAGCAGCUACCAUUGCAGUGCCCAUAGCAGGGGGUUUCAUCCUCAUUGUGUUGGUCUUCCUGGCUAGUAGAAUGCUGGCCAAGGAAAACAAGAGGCAGAGGAUGGCUCAGGUGAUUAAUGAGCGGUACCUGAAGGCUCCCCUGUAUCCUGGGGGCUGUGCAGCUGAGCCUUUGCCACCACCACAGCAUUCUCUCUACUACCACCCACCACUGCUCAAGAACAUCUCACUGGGCCAUGUCAAUCUGCGGGCAUCAUAUGAGGACAAGCCGCCUAGCUACCGCUCCCCAGGGAUGCAUGUCUGCAGCCUGGAGGAAAUCCGACCCCUGAAUGGGGUGAUGGGCAUGCCAGAUGGGGGAGGAGGAGGAUUACAGGGAGGGGUGCACUGGGACCAGAGAGGAGCUGAGUCGCCUCUUCCGUCAUGAGGGGAAAGAGGGGAAAAAGGCCUCUCUUAGGGGCUGUAAGGACAAUCGCAAAUCACCAAAGAGGCAUUUUGUUCUGGCUUUCUGAAGGCAGGUGGUCUGUCAAGGUGGUGAAGCCAUUGCAGAAUCAUUUUUUUAAUCAACAUUUUAUUUUUUACUUGUAUAUCAUUUUUCACUCUCUAUAUGAAAAGAGUUUCCACUGAACUGCAGAUCUACCAUUACCACAUUGUGUAAACUGGUAGUUGCCAUGGGCUUUGGUGGACUUCCUUCUCUGGCAACCGUGCAUCAAAUGCCCUGUACUGUGCUGAUAACUCUGAUGGAGGGCACAGUUAGAAAUUUUUAAAGAAAGACUUGGAAGUGAAUAUAAUAUAUAUAUAUAUGUAUAUUUUUUCCCAGUUUCUAGUGUCACAUUAUAGUGAAACAGGUACUGUACUGUAAUGAUGUUCUUGAAGAAGUGCUAGUCUAAAUCCUGUCUACAAUAACAAAAACUAUCAGUAUCAGUCUUAAUGACUGAGUGUUUAUUGAAAAUCGGGUGUUAUGUGGAAUUUUCCAUUACAUACAGAAGUGAUGUGAAACUAUUCUUUUUUUAUUGCUCAAAAGACAUUGAAAGAAAGCAAGUCAAGUUUGUUAAUUUUGCUGGCAUUGUGUGAGCAUUGGUUCUUGAUCAAUAACUCAUGAUUGUAAAUGCUUCAGAAUAUAUUUUUUUCAUAAUAAGUUAUUCCAACAUAUUUUUCCAUUGUAAAAAAAAGAAAGGACAAAAAAAAAAAAGAAAAAAAAAGACACUCCUUUGGAAUACUGUUGCAAUAUCUGUGAUUCCCAAUCUGUGGAAGCAGUUUUCCAUAUACAUUUUUUGUUUUUGUCACAUGAAGUCAGUGCUUCUGCAGCCUUGGUGCUCUCUUGCAAUAGUUUUCCAUAUAGGGUCAUUUGUAUUUGAAGGUAAUAUGUGUAUAUAUUACAGUGCAAUAAUAUCAGUCUUGAAAACAUUAGGUUGGCUGUAAGGCAUCUGCUGGUACAGCUUAUCUAUCGGUGAAUCUUUGUAAUAGUCUGAUGCUUCAGAUGGUACUCCCAAAAUGUUUUUGUAAGCCAUGAAUGCCUGAAACGCUGCAUAGACUUGGUUGGCUCUUAUGGUUAUUGGAAGAUGGUACAAUGUAUUUAGAAGUAAUUGGUAAAAACCAGUGCAAAGCAAAAUGACUCCAUUAAUUAAGUCAAAACAUUUAUAAAGUAAAGAAAGUAAAUCCUUAUACUAAAAGAAGAAAAGAAAAAGGCACUUCUCUAUUUUUCUUCCUUUUCUUUUUCUUCCUCCUCCAGUAGGACUGCUCCGUUAGCCAAUCCUUUUAUUCUGUAUUCUGUAGUAUUGUGCUGGUGCAGAAUUAUUCCUUUUGCCUGGAUGUGCCUCUUGUUAUCAGACAAAAGUGAACCACUAGGUAUGAGUCAUUGCUAUGAAAUUUCACUAAAAAAAGGGCACUAAGCUUCAUGUACUGUGAAACCUUUCCUUUUCUCUCUCUCUCUCUCUCACCUUCCUUCUCCACAUACAUAAGUCAAAAAGGGAUAAACUGUUUCAAAUCACCUUUUUUCCAAUAACCAACUUCUAUAUAUAUGAAUAUUUUUAUUUUGCACAUCCAGGGUCUCACGAUUACACCUGGAUUCAUAGUCUGUGAUAUUCUUUUAUUUGCUAGUUAUCGUUCUAUAUUAAGUGGUAUUGUAUUGUUAUGGUGCUUUAUUCGAGGACAGCGUUAUUCCCAUAAACACAAUCUCAGGAUUUUCAGUAAGUAAAUAUGAACAAAACAAUGUCAUUCUGGUUCCUGUUGAAUUUAAUCAUAAAUAAAAUAAAACUAAUAUAUGGUACAUUUUGUUGCCAUAAUUACAAAUUCCGAAUAUUAUGCAUUGUACUAAAUUGAAGAUUAGUUUGUGUUGUAUUAUGUGUUCUUUGGUACGUGAACCUCAUGAACAUGUUACGUAUCCUAAAACUUGGAAUGUGUUUCCUAUGAUUUAAAUUACCUUUUUCUCCGUACAGGUCACUAUCCUUUAGUAUUAUCAUCCUUCAUUGUUUCCCACUUUCUUUUCCUUCUUUGUAUUUUCUUUGUUUUGUAUUAUCAGAAGGUCAAAUAAUUCAACUUUAUAGAAUUAUUCAUUUUUGCCUUUUUUUUUUAUUACAAUGGUGUAUUUUACAGAAUGAACAAGAACACUCCAUAAAUCAUUAAACAGCAAGUAUUAUGUGAAUUAAACAGCAUGUGUGUGGUGCUUAAAAUAUUUUUAGAAACAGAAGAAAAGGGGGGGGGAGAUCAGGCAGAGUAUCCAUAGAUAGAUGAAAAAACUGAAAAAGUGUAUAUGUUUCAGAUUGCAUUUGGGCUUGUUACUGAUGAGAAAUGAGAGGAACAUUGGUGUGUCAAUUGCUAGCAAGAGUUGAGAGCAGGCAAAACAUAAUUGUUUUUAUCUGUUCUUAUCAGGACAGCAGACCACCAUUAUCAUUGUUUUCAUGAUCAACAGUGUGAUAGUAAUUAUUAAAAUAAUGGUGAUUUUAAUUAUCAUUAUCAUAUCAGGUUCUGUGGGGAUAGGGGAUAUGAGAGGAAUGCACCAUAGCUAUAUCACCCAUGUGCUUCAUAAAAUCAGCCCAGGAAAUAAUGGUAUCCACCUUCCCCAUAUGCUGUUGAUUUGGAGUGUUACCUGUUGUUUAGGAGUUCGGAAAAAAACGUAUAAGCCAAAGGUUUUGAGAUUUAAUAUUAAUCAUAAAUUGUUCUUAUUAUGUUAAUUAUAUGUUUAUUAUGAUUUUCCUUUAGUUAUAUUCUCAUCAUAUCUUUUGCUUUCAAUUAGAAAUUUCCAAUGUUAACAGAUGUCUUUCAAGUAAAACUUGUAAUUUAUAUAGCAGUUAUGUAAGCGAAAUGCUGGAAAUAAUAAAAUGUUAAACAGGAAACAUUCAUAGGAAUCAUUGUAUAAUAUUGUAUUGGGAACAUUCCAGAUUUUUCAUUUUAUUUAUUACUACAAUUUUUUUGUGGUAUGGAAUUGAUGAGACACUAUAGAUAAAUUGGAAUGGAGAAAUUAUAUUUUGGGUUCAUUUUAAGGGCACUAUGUUUUGUUUUAAUAGUUAAUCCAGUGUAGUCUCUUUAUAUUGUAGGAAAAAUAGUAAGUAAAAGAAACAAUAAUAGGUUAAAGGUUUGAAAAAAUGUUCUUGCUUUAGGAAUAUUCCUUUUUUUUCUCUCAUUAGUGUACUAUAUAUUAAUUUCAAAUAUUAACUCGUUCCUACUUCUUGCAUUCCUUAACCCUUACAAAAACAUUCUCACACACAAAAGUCAUGUGGUGAGCAUCAAUGUAAUGUUUUCUCUUUUAUUUCAAUUUAUAUCCUAUUCUGCCUUCAUAGGAAGAAGAGUAAUAAAGUGAAAUAGUUGUAAAACAUGAAUUAUUGUUAUUUUUUAAACGAAAAGCGCCCGGAAAAAAUGUCAUAUUCCACACAUAUUUACUCACCUAUGUACAGGCAUACCAUUGUGCUCACACAUUCUUUCUCUUUCUCUCACCAACUGAGGCCCAAUGUAGAGGAUCACCCCUACUUUUGGACCUCAGCCCUUGCCUCAAAUAAUUAUUUUCUGGUAAUUUCUCCCCCAUUUCUUUUCCUUCUCUUCUUCAUCCCCUUUUGUCCACAUCCUAAAGUGCAAGAGUUGUGCUUAAAGGAUGAAAGACUGGCUUUAUGUCCUGAAUGGCCUUUGCUGUUCACUCUUUUCACUGCCAUCCUAACUUAGAGUGCUCUACAGCCUUUGACAUCUAACAUUAAUGCCCUAAUCAUUAAUUCAUCUUAAACCUUUUUGCCACUAUAUUUAUCAUGACCUUUGAAAUUUUCUUACCUAGGGCUUCACCCUCAAGCCUCAACCUAUUGCUACGUCUUGAAUACACCCCAGGUGACCUUAGAUGUCGAUGCAGCAGAAAAUUUUCAAUAAAUGAUAAUUCUCUCUCUCUCUCUCUCUCUCUCUCUCUCUCUCUCUCUCUCUCUCUCUCUCUCUCUCUCUCUCUCUCUCUCUCUCUCUCUCUCUCUCUCUCACACACACACACACACACACACACACACACACACACACACACACACACACACACACACACACACACACACACACACACACACACACACACACACAAAAUGGCAAAAUAGCUUUUGGUAUUAUAAAUUCACUCUGUUCUUUUAAGAGUAGUAUCAACUACUGUACCAUAAUUAUCUUCAUCAUAAUUGAUUUUCUCCUGUUUUUCCUAUAUCCAUUUUCCUGAAACAUGCUAUUGGAAAAGUCAGACUGUGUUUGCUGUCCUCGUAAGUCAACUGUAUGAUUUACAUUGUCAUUGUUAUCCUUCAAUUAUGAAUAGGUUAUUGAGACCUACAUCUCAACAUUUUCAAGAAGGUUCUAGUACAGGCUCGAUCAUGUAGUCUGAUGAUUGAAAAAAUAUGCAUUACAAUUUUUGUAAAGGAACUGAAGUAUUUAUUAAAAAAAUAUGUAUAUAUUA